CCCCCCCAAUGUCCUACCAACCCUCCCCGUACCUCUUCGGAGGACCCCACCCCUGGUCCUCGAGCAACUGGACCUCCACCGACGACCGCGUCCGCGGCGGCGCCUCCCACUCCACCCUCACCAUCAACCCAACCACCAACACCGCCCUCUUCCACGGCACCCUCGACAUCACCACUCUCGGCGGCGCAGGCUUCGCCUCGCAACGGACCACCAGCACCAUCACGACCUGGGAUUUAUCAUCCUACACCGGACUCGAACUUUCCAUACCCAACGCCGAUAACAAAACAUAUACCCUGAAUUUGAAAGAUGAAUUACCCGAGCGGAGACCGGGUGGACGGGAACGGAGCGGGGUGGUCUGGGAGGUGGAUUUUAAGGGCCCUAGGGAUGGGGGGAAGGUGAGGGUGGGUUGGGAGGAUUUUAAGGCUACGUAUCGAGGGAGGGAGGUGCGUGGGGGACGGAAGUUGGAUUUAGCGGGGGUGAGGAGGGUGGGGAUUAUGGUUCGGAGUUUCUUUGGGGAGCAGGAGGGCGCGUUUGAGUUGGAGGUGGAGUGGAUCAAGGGGAUACAGGUGGACAUGGGGAGGUAUCGAGAUGAGCCGGAUGCAAGUGAGGAUGAUGAAGGUGAGUGGGAUGAGAAGAGGUGGAGUGAGGAGGAUACUCGUGGAUCAGGAUCAGGAUGGUUGUGCUGUGGUAUAUUCUAAACUGCCGAGGCAAAUGCAUACCACAAUAGAAGAACGGUAUAUUCUAAUAUUAUAGUUCCGCAACGACGGAAUACGCCCCCGUCUUGACAAACGUUU